CCAAAACAACGGAGGAAGGAAAGAAAGAUGGAGGAGACGAAGCCAUUGGUAGGGAAUCAUCCCCAGCAACAACAGCAACAACAACAACAACAGCAACUACUCUAUCAACACCAAUUACAACAGCGUCAGCAACAGAUGCUUCUAUUACAACAGCUACAGAAACAGCAACAACAACAAGCCGCCAUGUCUAGAUUCCCUUCCAACAUCGACGUCCAUCUCCGCCCUCCAGGCUCAAUUCAAACCCGACCAAUUGUCCCUCCUCAGCAGAACCCUAAUCCCAACCCUAGCUUGGGACAGGCUACACCGAAUCUACAACAGCAGCAGCAGCAGCAACAGGUUGUCGCGAGUCAGCAGAUGAUGCAGCAACAGCAGCAGCAGCAACAGCAGCAGAAAUUGAUGCGGCCGUUGAAUCAUAUAGAGCUUCAAUUCGCUUAUCAGGAUGCUUGGCGUGUCUGCCACCCUGAUUUCAAGCGGCCUUUCUCUUCUCUCGAAGACGCUUGCGAAAGGUUAUUGCCUUACCAUGUCGUAGCAGAUUACGAAGCAGAAGAGGACGAUAGAAUCCUUGAUUCAGACCCAACAGGCCAAGCUCUUUCCCGCUCUCAGCAAUGGGACAACAACAUCGCCGCCAAAGUUGCUGAGUUCACUGCAACGUUUGAGAAACAAGCCCUAGCUUUCAACAUAAUAACACGUAAGCGAGCAAUGGGAGAGUUCAGAUCCGAGGAAAGGCUUAUGGUAGAGCAAGCUUUGCUACAAGAAGAAAGAAAGGGUUUACUUGAGCUGAAAGCAGAGAUGGAUAGGGAGAAGGCUGGUAGGGAGGCUCAGGAAGCUAAGCUGAGAAUGGCUGCUUUGGCUCAGGCUGGACAGUCACAGUCCCAUGCCGAGAUAAUGGCUCGGAACCCUUUGAGGGCUAAUGCGGUUGGGAAUCAGGGGAGUAAUAUUCAGCUGAGUCAUGAGAUGGGAGAGCAUGGAAGGAACAUGAACCCUGAUGAGAUGAUGAAUGGAUGGGGGAAUAAUAGUCAGAGAGAUGAGAAGGAGCCUUCUGAAGAUUUCUUGAAUGAUGAGGAGAAUGAGAAUGGAGAGACGGGUGAACAGGAGAACUGGCGUGAAGCAGGGGAAUUCGAUUUGAACAGCCGGUAAAUGAUCAUUGUGGAGAGACUGUUUGAAGUGUCAUGAGUUUGAAGUUGUUGUAGAAGUUAUGAUUGAAACAACUAUAGAUUCAAGAUGCUAUACUUACUGGGAUGGUCAGGCUCAAAGCCGCUAAGCUGAACCAGCAAAUGUUAAACCAAGUAAGCUUUAGUUAGAUGUGUGUUGAAUUUUAUAAAAUAGUGUCUUGUGGGAAAUAGAGUUGUUUAUUUUCAUGGAGAUGGGAGUGGCUUGUUAUCUAGUAAGCGAAUCUUGUCAAAGGUGUAAGAGCUUCAGGUUCUAAAGCUUGUAGUAGUUAAGAUUAUGUACUAAUGUGGAUUUGUUAUGUUUUUGUUAUGGAUGAUUGUAAUAGCAAAAUGGUAUUUUGUUACGUAAACCCUCAAAAACGUCUACGAUUUAAAUUUC